GGGAAUGUAAACAAAAAAGACAAAAGACGGAAAAAAGAGGGUGGUAAUAUGCGUCUGGGAGUCAGGAAGCACAGGCCUGCUCCAGAAUGGCUGCUACAUGUAAGCAGCGGGUGUAUGUAAGGGGAUCCUACAUGCCCUUUGAAGAAGAUGAAACUCAUGAGUUCAAGGGUCACAGGGAGAUAGCGCCUGAAGAUACACCGCCCUGGGCGUUCCGUCAUCCGACUGAGAGCCAGUCCAGAAAGGCCAUUUCCAGGAACCUGAACGCGUUCCUGAACACGGGCCUUGGCGGCGUGGUGUACUGCGGCGUGGACGACCGCGGCCGCGUGCUGGGCCUGCACCUGACCCGCUACCAGAAGGACCACAUGCUCCUGUCGGUACGCUGCCUGCUGAUGCGCUACCGGCCGGCAGUGCCGUCGGCUCGCUACCGGGUCACUUUUGUACCGGUGGUCAGCAGCGCGGAGGUGGACGACCCGCCGGCAGAGUUCGCCUAUGACGUCAGCCGGCGCACGAAGCAGCACCUGGUGGCCACCUCCCACUACUGCUGGUGUGACGCCGACGCCAGGGCACGCUCCGUGUCGGGGAUCAUCCCACUCUCGUAUGUGAUCGAGAUUGAGAUCCUGCCCUGGGCGGACCGCGACAAGGCGCUGCAUCCCUUCUACCUGACCGAGAGCGGCCAGUGCUACGUGCGCCGACAGGCCUCUAUUAUGCCGCUGACGGCCGCUGACUGUAUCCGGAUCACCCGUCACCAGGCGGCAGCACUGAUCCGCCGCCAGUCGGAGCAGAUGGCACUGCAGUCGCAGCGGGACAUCUCCGCGCUGCAGGCCCGCCUGGACUCGGGUCUGCUGGUCCCGGCUUCCUGCCGCUGCACCUCAGGGUCAGACACACCAGAUCCACCCCGCCCGCCUACCGGAGAGAGUGCUGGGACUGUGGGGAGAGAGGACGGGCGCGCGGAGGGUGGGGAGGAGCUGGUAGUGGACGGAGCGGCGGCGUCAGGUGUGGAUAUGGUCCCGGCAUCGGCUCAAAUCUCAGCCGGUGCGAAUGGGUUGAUGGAGGGAUGCUCUGGGGACAGAGAGGCGUCGGAGAGACGUGGUAGCUCCACUGACAGUGAACCACCUCAGGCGCAAUCAGAAGAUAUGUUAGCUCCGUCUGUCUCAACUGAGCUCCCCAAAAGCCCCAGGAAGUUAACCCAUAGCUCGUCUUCUGAUAGUGGUGUGAGCUUAAGCCCCUCUUCGGACACCUCUCUAGCUAGGAAGUCAUGUUCAGCUUUCAUCAAGAAGUCCAGCUCUUCCAGUGAUGUCGAGUCUUCCUGCGACGUCAAGCCGAUUUCCACUGCCUCAACCGACGUCGACUCCAACCAAACGCCUCCCUCGGAACUCGCCGAGUCUACAGAGUUUGCCAGCGGGGUAGAGGCGGUCUCAGACCUGCUUCGGGAGGUACUGGCUGCAAGAAUUCCGCCGCCGCCUUCCCAGCAGUGCCUCACAGACGGGGCAGGCGCGGGAGAGUCAGUCGAGAGCGACUCUUACCCGCGUACCUACGAGCAAAACAGCCAGACGCUCUCCGAGGCAAAUUGCGGCACCGGAGAGUCAGAGAGUCAUUUGGUGGUGUCUUCGAUGGCCCCGGGAGAAAAUGGAUCGGAUAUUUCCCUGGUAGCUCCGGCGGCAGGGCCAGACCGGGCCCUGGUGGAUCUGGAGACGAGUGGAACGGAUCUAGAAACUAGUGAAACGCGUCUCGAAACAAGUGGAAUGAGCGUAGAUGGUGAACAGCUGGAGGAAAUGAAGACAGCUCUAAACGCUUGUGGGGAUAUGGGCAACAGUGAGGCAUUUUUGGGCAAUAAUGACACAAAGUUGGAACCCAGCGUGACUGAGCUGGAUGACGAAUCAGACUUGAAGCAGGCUGCUAUGAGCUUCAGUGAAUCUAGUCAGGUUGAAAAAGACCCAAAUCUGGUUGCGAGCGAUGUAGAUCUGAAUGCGAGUGAUGUUGACUCGAGUGCCAAGGACUCUCGACACGAUAUGAGUGUGGUCGAUCUAAAUGCCAGCGAAUCUGACGUUCCCAUAUGUGCGGCAAGUGACACAGACGCUAGCCGAUCUGAGCUCACCCUCAGCGAGAGUGACACCUCUCUGCUGGCACCCGUUUCUCGUCUAACGCCGCGCGUGGGUGAUAGCUACACAUCCGCCGAUACUACCGCCUCAUCCUCAUCGCCUGUCGUCUUCACACUGGCCGGAGAGUCUGACUCCGCUCCUACCACAGAGGUAGAGUCUGGCUACUCCUUCCCCAGAGAGGAGUCUCUGCUCUCCGUCUCUGACUCCACACUUGGAGUUCGUUCGGAACAGGAAACUCGCAGCGCCUUGCCUCUCGGAGGCGUCGACGCCUCUUCAGCACGAGUGCUGUCACGAGAUGGCACUCCUAGCACGAAGAAGCUCCCUCGCGGCAUUCGUGGUAGGGGAAAGGUGUUUGAGAAUCCAGGCAAAGCCCAAGUAGCCACCGGCGGUAUCCUAGGUCUGACACUUGAGGUGAUGCCAGUCCAGAGCAAGGUUCGAGCCAAUAUUGGAAAGUUUAUCGAUGUGUCGGAGGCGUUUGGAUCAGCUGGGCUGAACGGACGACAGUACGAGCUGGAUUCUGACGACUCGGAAGACAGCUGGGACGCCGAGUACCAGCCUGAACACAGGCUGGUGGCCUCACUAUCGGACGGUGCCACAGUGGUCUAAGUGUGGCACCGGAAUGGCCAAAACGGCACUAUGAGUCAUUGGGAAAAGGUGGCGAUCAAAAUAGUAUCAAAUAGGCUUGCCGUCGCAUCAGCUAUCGAAAUGAACAGUCAUUUCCCAUUGAGCUAUUUUAGGAGAAAGUUAGUGUACAAACGGGGCAUUUACACAAAAACAGAGUGUUGUCGCUAGCCAUUGUGAAUAAUGUUCUGGUCAUUACCUCGUGAUACUUUUGCCUAAUUUUAUAUUUCUGUUGGUAUUUCUGUCUGUUCAUUGUCGACGAGAAACUGUCUUUAAAUAGCCCCGACAUUCGGGGUCCUGCUCUAGCACUGCCAAUGCGUGGUUUCCACGGCCAGUCGUAGGAUCUCAGGUAGUGCUUGCUUCGUGCUCACCACGUGCUCACGCUCAAACUGCUGGCGUUUGCCUGACUAUAAGGAUGUCAAACGUCCAGUAUUGUUCACUUUUUCCCACUGUAUUUUCCAUAACAUUGCACUGCCUAUUUUGGAUUGUUGGAUUUAUUCUCAGUCAUUUCUAGUCAACUGAUUCGUUCAGUUAUUCAUUCUGUUGGAAUACCUCUCUGAGACGAAUAUUGGCUUCGUAGGCUUGUAUUCCUUUGUCUCUGGAUGGCGUUUUCAAAGCUAGUUUUGAAACAUUACCCUGCUGCCUGAACGCUAUGUGAAAUCAGUAC